AUGUUCAUCUGUGGCAGCAGAAGCUUCAGCCAUCACAAAAAAGAUGAAAACUACAACAACCAGUACUGUACCUUAAAGAGAUCGAAAAGGAGCAAAAGUUUAAGCAAUAGCAGCAAGAUUAACCCUUACUCAAAUCGAGGCCUGGACAAAUUCUCAGCACUUCUAUCCGAUCUCGACGAAAAGAAGCAGCAGAUUUACAUGCAGAUGGGGUCCGAGGAAAUCUCCUUUGUCCAAUUCGUCUACUCCAGCGAUUCAAAACACGUAAAACCAAUCGUGGUCAAAGUUAGGAACAGUAAGAACAACCAUGGUUUCCUCAAGCGUACUCCUUCGAACAUGAGCAACACUGUAACUCCCAAUCCUGCAGAUGCAGCAGAUAAAAGUUUUGACGCAGUCGAACGAGAUAGAGAAAUGGUAACAGUAGUAUCCCAAGAGCAGAAGUCUACAAGAUGGAAGACAAGCUUUAGGCAUGACGAUUUGAGGAGACCUAAUUCUUAUUGCUUUUUCGCAAUCUUGGUUUUGAUUUUGCUGUUUCUAGCGAUUUAUGGGCGAUCUUUCGCAAUUUUCUGCACAACAAUGAGCUGGUAUUUGAUUCCUAACAUAGUCGGAGGAAGCUCAUCGUCAUCAAAUGGGAAUAAACGAUUGAUUUUUCGUCCCUAG